AGCGACGCGGCGGGGGCGCGUGCGGGGUGCGCCUCCCUCCGGCCGGCGCGGGGAGGCCGCCCCCGCGCACGCGAGUCCGCCGGCCCGGGGCUCCCGCUCCGCGCUGCGAUCCGCGGGUGCGCCAGGGGCGCCCGGCGCCCGCGUCUCCUCCCUCCCUUGCGCGCUGGCUCCCUCUCCAUCCCCCCCCGCCCCCAACCCCUGGCAGGUCCCUCCCCCAUGCCUGCUCCCGCGGCCGCCGCCGCUACCGGAGGCGCAGGAGCCUCGCGAUAGUGUUUGCACAGGCGGCGCGUGACGCCGCCGCCGCCUGUAACUGAUGCAGAGGUUACCCCGCCGCCUCAGCCGCCACCCACCGCCCGCCGCCGCCGCCGCCGCCACCCAAGCGACGCCGGGGGCCGACGCACUGCAGAGGUGCCGGCAGGUUCCGCUCGCGGAAGUGUCCUCGGCCGGCGCAGCCCGCGCUCCGCCCGCACUCCAGCGGGCGCCCCCUCGACGCCUCCGCCGCCGCGCUUCUUCCCUCCGCCUCUUCCCCGGCGCGCCCGCCUGCUCCCUCGCUUCUCCCCCUUUUCCUCCUCCCCGUCCCCUCUCCUCCCCUCACCUCUUCCCCCCCUACCUCCCCCCCUUCUCGGUUUCCUCCCCCAUCCCCUUGACUCUCCCCUCUCUGCCCUCGCUCCCUCGCUCGCCCUCAGCGCGGCCCCCGCCAUGACGGAGGCGGGUGCCGGUGCCGUUGCCGUUGCCGCCGCUGCCGUCGCAGGGGGGGAGUCGGGUUCCCAGAAAGUAGCUUGAUGAGUGUCCAAAGUAGCAGUGGAAGUUUGGAGGGGCCGCCAUCUUGGUCCCAGCUCUCCACGUCUCCAACCCCGGGCUCGGCGGCGGCGGCCAGGUCCCUGCUGAAUCACACGCCGCCAUCCGGGAGGCCCAGGGAAGGUGCAAUGGAUGAGCUUCAUAGUCUGGAUCCAAGAAGGCAAGAAUUAUUGGAAGCUAGGUUUACAGGAGUUGCAAGUGGGAGCACUGGAAGCACUGGCAGUUGCAGUGUUGGAGCAAAAGCCUCAACAAAUAAUGAAAGUUCUAAUCACAGUUUUGGAAGCUUGGGAUCUUUAAGUGACAAAGAAUCUGAGACACCAGAGAAGAAACAAUCGGAAUCAUCCAGAGGAAGAAAGAGAAAAGCAGAAAACCAGAAUGAAAGUAGUCAGGGAAAAAGUAUUGGGGGACGUGGCCACAAAAUUAGUGACUAUUUUGAAUACCAAGGUGGGAAUGGCUCAAGUCCAGUAAGAGGCAUACCUCCUGCGAUCCGUUCUCCUCAAAAUUCACAUUCACAUUCCACUCCUUCUUCAUCUGUUCGACCGAAUAGCCCUUCUCCUACUGCAUUAGCUUUUGGGGACCACCCUAUUAUACAACCAAAGCAGUUAUCCUUUAAAAUUACUCAGACUGAUCUCACAAUGCUGAAAUUAGCAGCAUUAGAAAGUAAUAAAAACCAGGACCUGGAAAAGAAGGAAGGUCGUAUAGAUGACUUGCUCAGGGCUAACUGUGAUCUCAGACGGCAGAUAGAUGAACAACAAAAAUUACUUGAAAAAUACAAAGAACGAUUAAAUAAGUGCAUAUCAAUGAGCAAGAAGCUGCUUAUUGAAAAGAGUACACAAGAAAAACUGUCAAGCAGAGAGAAGAGUAUGCAAGACCGAUUACGCCUUGGGCACUUCACAACAGUUAGACAUGGUGCUUCAUUUACUGAACAAUGGACAGAUGGUUUUGCGUUUCAGAAUCUUGUGAAGCAGCAAGAAUGGGUGAAUCAGCAAAGGGAAGACAUUGAAAGGCAAAGGAAACUUCUAGCCAAACGCAAACCUCCCACAGCUAAUAAUUCUCAGGCACCCUCUACCAAUUCUGAACCAAAACAAAGGAAGAACAAAGCAGUCAAUGGAGCAGAGAAUGAUCCCUUUGUUAGACCCAAUUUACCACAACUGUUGACUUUGGCAGAAUAUCAUGAACAGGAAGAAAUUUUCAAACUUAGACUAGGACAUCUCAAAAAGGAAGAGGCAGAAAUCCAGGCAGAACUUGAACGUUUGGAAAGAGUCAGAAAUCUUCACAUUCGAGAGCUCAAAAGAAUAAAUAAUGAAGAUAAUUCGCAGUUCAAAGAUCACCCAACGUUAAAUGAAAGAUACUUGUUACUUCAUCUGCUUGGUAGAGGUGGCUUUAGUGAAGUGUAUAAGGCUUUUGACCUCUAUGAACAAAGAUACGCUGCUGUGAAGAUCCACCAGCUUAAUAAAAGCUGGAGGGAUGAGAAGAAGGAAAACUACCACAAACAUGCCUGCAGAGAGUAUAGAAUACACAAAGAACUGGAUCACCCUAGGAUAGUUAAACUCUAUGAUUAUUUCUCCUUGGAUACAGAUACGUUUUGUACAGUAUUAGAGUACUGUGAAGGCAAUGACUUGGAUUUCUAUCUGAAGCAACAUAAAUUAAUGUCAGAGAAGGAAGCUAGGUCUAUUGUAAUGCAAAUUGUAAAUGCACUAAGAUAUCUCAAUGAAAUCAAACCCCCUAUUAUACAUUAUGAUCUUAAGCCAGGAAACAUCCUUCUGGUAGAUGGCACAGCAUGUGGAGAAAUCAAAAUCACUGAUUUUGGUCUAUCCAAGAUCAUGGAUGAUGAUAGCUAUGGUGUAGAUGGAAUGGAUCUAACUUCUCAAGGGGCAGGCACUUACUGGUAUUUACCUCCCGAGUGUUUUGUAGUUGGAAAAGAACCACCAAAGAUUUCCAACAAGGUUGAUGUGUGGUCAGUCGGCGUCAUUUUCUUUCAGUGUCUUUAUGGUAGAAAGCCAUUUGGUCACAAUCAAUCACAACAAGACAUUCUUCAAGAAAAUACAAUAUUAAAAGCCACAGAAGUCCAGUUCCCUGUAAAACCAGUUGUAAGCAGUGAAGCAAAGGCCUUUAUAAGACGCUGUCUGGCCUACCGAAAAGAAGAUCGGUUUGAUGUGCACCAACUGGCAAAUGACCCAUACCUUCUCCCGCAUAUGAGAAGAUCAAAUUCUUCAGGAAACUUACACAUGGCUGGGCUUACAGCAUCCCCUACACCCCCUUCUUCAAGCAUAAUUACUUACUGAUUUUCCUCCAAAAUUGGCAUGAUAUCUUUGAAUUGCUUCCAGAUACACACUUGAGUUUGAGAGCAUUUGAUUGUUUUCUGUUGUUUCCUUUUUCACACAGGACAUGGUUGAAAACUAUUUGUGAACUGAAGUUCUUCAUAGCGUCAUUUGUAUGAGAGUGGAUCAUGGACAAUGAAUAAAAUGUACACUUUUGACUAUGACCUUGAACAGUGAAGGAUGACUGCCUGUUGCACAGAAACAGGAAUACCAUGUUAAGAAAAAUUGUUUGGGGGAACACUGUAAAUAACGUUUAUAAUACUUAAAUACAUUUGGUUGUUUAACUAGAGAGUUCUAAUAUGAAGGGUAGUUUUUCAUUAUUUAAAAACACAUGGAAAAAAUAUUUCUAACACAAGAACUAUAGUGCCUGGAUACAUUCUUCAGCAUUCAGCAGUUAAUCUGCUGAAACCAAAGUAAGAACUGAAUGACAUUUGUGUUUUAUAGAAUGUGAGAGUUAGAAUCUUUGGACUUUGGACAGUUAGAUUUUGUCACUUGCCUAUUCUGGCUUUUACCAAGUUGUACCUCAAAACCGCGUGUCCGUUUUUGUUUUUGUUUUUUUUUCCCACUAGUCAUAUUAACAGGAGAGCUGUUAUUUCUAGAUACUUUACACCUUUGACAAAUGAGCUGCUUGUUUUAAAAAUCAGUUGAAUUCACUAAAUAUCUCUGGUGUUUUCAACAUGUUUGAAUUAAGAUAUUUUCCCUUUGUUACCAGGCCUUGUUCAUAAACAAGUGACAGUACGUAACCAAAUGCAGAUCAGACCAGUUCUAUGCAGGAUAAUGAUAAAUUCCCUUCUAGCUCUAUUGUAAAUUGUUGUACAGAUGUUGUAUUACAGUUACCAGUUUCAGCAGCUUAUUCUUGUACAAAUGUUUAAAAAUAUGGCUUUUCUAAUUGGAUAUUGUAUUUUUUUUAAGUCUUCUUGAAGGCGCUUUAAUUGCUGCUAAAUGAUGUUGCUUCUUUGCUAAAAAAAAUCUAAUGACCUCCUUAAAGGUGCAAGUUGACUGUACAUAUGUCAUAGAGAGAUAUUAAAGGCUGGCAUUCAUUAACAAUCAAGGCAUGUAAAAAUGAUCCAUCUUGGACAUAUAGGGUUCACUAAAUCAGAUUCUUGGGUUCUAGGGCUGGGGAGCACAUAGAUAACUAGAUUUAUAAAUUGUUCAUGUUUAUCCUACGUUUCUAGAAGGUUCUUACCAGAACGGUGAGACGGUCCCCAUAAAUAAGUUUCUUGUGGUUUGUACAGAUUUGUUAAAAUGUGAACAUUUUCUAACUGCCUUGUAUGGUAGAAACCAUUAUUUUUCAGGAUGUUCUAUUUUACUCCUGUAAGAAUUAUUUGUCACAUUCAUAAUGCUGAUACUUACAUGUAAGUUGUCCAUGUUGCCGAAAAAGGAGGUGAUAACCACAGAUUCUCCUUAAUAUUGUACAGUUAAACUGUGGCUCUUAUUUCUCAUGUUGCAAGCCAUUUUGUUUCAUUGUACAUAUAGACACAUUGUCUCUUUAAGUAAGAUGCUGCUGAAAUUGUAGAGAAUGUAGCCAAAACAGUAAUAAACAAUGACAAUUAAAAUUUAAGGACUAUGAAAAUUACAUUUCAAGGGAGCUUUGAAGAUUUAGGAUAUUGACUGACUAGGCUCCUUAAGAAUCAGCUCCAUAAAUUCUGUAAGUAUACUUCAAGACACAGGUGUCAAGAGCUUCAAGCUGUUAAAGUAAACCUAAUAAUCAUGAUCACUGGGUAAGUAACACACAGCGCUGUGAGGAGUGAGUGGCCUCAGGGCUAUACCUGCUCUUCUGUAGAUUAAGAUAGAAAUCCUGUUUUUCAAAAAUAUUGAUAUGGUAAUGAAAUGUUAGCAUUAAUUGAGUGCUUUAGGUGCUGCCUACAAAUUUUUCAGUUUUGUUUGAGUUUUCAUCUUUACAAAUCAUUAAGUACUGUGUUCAUAUAGUACUUGUCAUUUAAAGUCCUGCAUUAAAAGAAAAUGCUCGGUUUUUAAAAAUUUCAGUGAGAUACACAGUGGACAUGUACAUCUGACACUAGGUGGAAUAAGUGGUGUAGACUAAGUCACUGCGUUACCAUAUUCUUUUCAAAUGAAUGAAAAUGACUGCUAGUGUGGAAAUGCAGGAAAACAAGCCACAGCAGGAAACUGCUUCCCUGGUUUCCAAAGAUGUAUACGAGGUAAAUCAACUUAGACACCUACGUUUUCCCCAGUAAAUGCUAUAGACUUUGGGUCAUAGGCCACUAACCCAACAGGUACAAGAUGACUAACGGAGCCAAACUGAAUUAUUUACUGCUCCCUUCACAUGGGAAAUGGGGGUCUAUUGCUGAAUAAUUUCAGUCACUGGCUAUCUUUGGCUCUAGUAUCUUCUGAAGCUUACAUUGGUUUUGGUCUCCUGAAUUCUGUCCUCAGAAUUAAAGCAUGUCUUCUUUCCCUAAGACAUGAGCCACCGGUCUCCCUUUAGGAAUCAGCAUGGAUGCAAGGUAAAAUACACAGUUUUUGCAUAUAAUUUAAACAUCUUUCUUUAAGGUGAUUUAGCUGUAGUGUAUGCAUGUUGAGAGGACGUGUAGAAACCACUCUAGUAAUUUAUAAGUCGGGAGUUGAGUAGAUUUUUGGGUUUUGUUUUUCAAAAGUAGAGUCAGGUUUAUUUUCUUACUGUCAUCCUCUUCUGCUAACAGAACUCUUUCAGUUUAAAUGGUACAUAAAAUGUGAACACAUAUUCUACAAAUACUUUAUAACAUGAAGCCAAAAUGAUGGAGAGUUUCAGCGAAACAUUUAAAGACUAUAUUGUUCGUUUUGCUGUUCAUUAACUUAUUAAAUACAAUGUUGAUUGACAUGAGAUGUUAUUAGCUAUGUUUUAGUGCUAAUUGUAGACAGCAGUCCUUUUAGCUUAAGAAUUUAAUUAUGUUGCUGUUUGAAAUGUGAAAAAUUUAGCCUUAUACCUUGAUACCGACAGGUCUUUCUCCAAUCCCACUUUAAAUUUUGACAUGUUAUCUGAUCAUUAAGUACAACUGAACUUAAUGUUCUGAAGGCUUAAUAUAAUUCAAAAAGUGCUUUAGCAGCUAAUUUUUAAGAUUCAGCUGGGAAGAUGGUGUUAUACAAAGAUCCUGAAUUCAUCCCCUCCCAUGAGCAUUCCAAGUCUACUGCUACAUAUGGACCAUUUCCCUCUGAAAAAGGUCUGAAAACUAGAUGAACUGCUCUCUACAACAAAAAAUAUAAAGGACCACAUUGUGACGGGUAGGAGAGGCAGAGACAGUCUCAAAAUAAAACAAAAAAACCCAGUGUGGCAACACAUUAGGGAGAGAUCGCACUAGAGUGGUGCUUCUUCAGGAGGAGCAAAGGCUUGGUGUCCUACAUUGGGCACUCCAGACCCUGGGGUCUGCAUCUGAGAGACAAGCCACCAGAACAUUUGGCCCGGAAAACCAACAGGGCUGACCUGUAGGAGGUGCCAAAGUGCUACAGGAAACAAAAAUCACUGCUUAGAGGGCUUGCAUGUAAUUUGGCUCACCCUGAAACCCAGUGGAAAAAAGCAGCUUGAAAAGCACUUAGCAGUAACCCACAAGCAGAAAAGGAUAUCGCAGGUGCAGAGGUCUUCCCUGAGGAACAAGUGGUUCAAGCCCAUUGGGCAUGCCCUCCCUGUCCUUGGAAUCUGCACCAGGAAGAUAAUCCCCCAUAACAUCUGGCUUUGCAAAUCAGCUGGAUUUAACUGGGGGAGAGAGAGGAAACCAAGUCCCUGCUCUUAAAGGGCCAGUGCGCUGUAACAGUCCAAGACCCAGCACAGAAGCAGCAUAUUGAAAGCGCCUGGGUUAAGAGGGGUUCUCUGGUCUAAUGGCUAGUAGUCUGGACUCUGAAAAGCACCUAGGUUAUUCUACAUGAAGGAGAUUUACUGACUAAUUUUAAGGCAAGUGACGGACACAGAUCCGUAGGAACUUUCUCCUGAAAGGGCAGCACUGAUGGGCACAGUUUUUCUUGCCCAAUCGUGGCAUUCCCCUGUAGAUCGGACCCACCCCACCCACCUCUCAGUAGGCGCCCCUCCAAAGUAGCUAUCACCUCACCACAGCUGGUAGAAAGCCUUGGUCAGGACUGGCUCCCUUGUAAAGUACCUCUGGCCCCAGAGAUGGAGGCAGCCCUGCCUAUCAGCACAUCUACAAAAAUCACUGCAGGGCCUUGCAACCACCCUCACUGGGAGUUAGCCGCACCCCUCAGCAUGCCCACGGAGGUCCGUGUAGUCACACCUGAAGGGUACAUGCAGCCCCUCCCACGGGGGAGACCUCUAAAGCCACUCAUUCUGGUAACCAUGGGGGAAUUGUGUUUCCGGAGCUGACCGGACACCAACAUGCGGAUACCUCCCAAACCAGAACAUGGAGCAGACCUAUGGUAGUAUAUAGAAACAAACACGGCCAGAAAAAAGGAGACUGACAGGUACGGUCCAAAUGUAAGAACAAGACAAAAACCUCAAAAAGUUAAAAUGGAGAUAAGCAACCUACCUGCUAAAGUAAUGGUCAUAAAGGCGCUCACAGAACUUGGAAGAGUAGAUGAACUCAGAACUUCAACAAAGGGGUAAAAAAUUCUUUAAAAGAAUGAGCUGAAGAAUACAAUAACUGAAAUGAAAAACACUAGGGGCAAUCAACAAUAACAAUAACCUGGCAAGGUUAUCAUUCAGAAUUGAGGUGAAUUUGAGUCUUGAGACAAGACUCAAAAGAGUUUAACACCACUAAUUGGCCUUCAAAGAAAUGCUAAAUGGAAAGAAAAUGCAGUAAGAAGAAAAUUAUGAAAAAUUUCACUAGUAAAAGCAAACUCCUAGUAAAGGUAGUAGAUCACUUAUAAACCUAGGAUAAAGCUUAAAAGACAAAAGUAGUAAAAUCAACUAUAUCUAAAACAGUUAAGAGACAAAGGAUGUAAAAUGUCAAAUUAUGGGGGUGGGGGGAGUAAAAAAGACACUUUUAAAAUGUGUCCAAUCUUGAACAUCUAUCAACUUUAAAUAGACUGCUAUAUACAUAGGAUGCUAUAUAGGAACCCCAUGGUACCACAAACCAAAAUCUGAUUAAAAAAAAAAAAAUCCAAGCAUAAGAAAAAAUCAGCAAAUAACAAGAGAAAGGAACAAAGAACUACAAAAACCAGAAAGCAAUUAGCAAAAAUGGUAAUAAGUACAUAACUACGAAUAAUUACUUUAAAUGUAAAUGGACUAAAUGCUCCAAAGACGUGAGACUGCAUGGAUUAAAAAAAGAAAAAAAAACAAGACCCAUUUAUAUGCUGCCUACAAGAGAUGUACUUCAGGGCGCCUGGGUGGCUCAGUUGGUUAAGUGACUGCCUUCAGCUCAGGUCAUGAUCCCGGAGUCCCGGGAUGGAGUCCCACAUCGGGCUCCCUGCUCAGCAGGAAGCCUGCUUCUCCCUCUGACCCUCCCCCCUCUCAUGUGCUCUCUCUCAUUCUCUCUCUCAAAUAAAUAAAAUCUUAAAAAAAAAAAAAAAAAAAAAGAUGUACUUCAAAUCCUAAAGGCAGAAACCAAAAGUAAAGGGGUGGAGAAAGAUAUUUCAUGCAAA